UUUUGAAGUAGAUUCACCUGUCCACUAUGUACAACCAUUUAAAGCAGUAACUCCUCUCCCACAAUCAGUCUUCUAAGAACAGAAACACAAUCUCAGCGUCUUUGCAAAAUCAGUGGCAAAACUCAACGCUUUCGUCUUGAUUAAUGAUCUUCUUCUCUGCAUGUAAAGGAUUUGUUUCUGGCCCUUUAACCUCUCGUUAUUACACUUCUGCCACCAAGCUCGACCCCCCUUUCUCUCUCCUCCAACUUCUCCAACUCUCAAUCGACAAUCAAUCUCUGAAACUCACCCAACAAUCCCAUGCUCUAGUCUAUCAUCAUGGGUCCGAUCAAAAUCCUUUCAUUGUGACGAAACUCAUCUCGGCAUACUCUGUAUGCAAAAACCCAGUUGACUCGCGACUCGUUUUCGACUAUGUUGGUAUCAAGAAUGUGUAUCUAUGGAACACACUGAUUAAUGGGUAUGCGAAGAAUUGUUUGUACAAUGAAAGCUUUGAUCUUUUCAACCAAAUGUGCCGAAGUGAGGACUUGCCCGAUGACUUUACGCUUUCGACGCUUUCAAAAGUCUCCGGUGAGAUUGGGGACUUGCGAGUUGGGAAAGCGAUUCAUAACAAGUGUAUACGAAUUGGGGUUGUGUCAGACACUGUAGUUGCUAAUUCCCUUAUGUCAAUGUACGGUAAAUGUGAGGAUUUUGGUGGGUCUCGCCAGUUGUUCGAUGAAAUGCCGCAAAGAAAUGUCUCUUCUUGGAAUGUUAUAAUAGCGGGUUAUGCGGUUUUACAGGAUCAUAAUUUUGAUGAGGAAAUGUGGAAGUUUGUUAAAUGUAUGGAGGUUGAAGGAAUGCGACCGGAUGCUUUCACCGUUUCUAGUCUUCUUCCUUUGUGUGGUGCCAAUAAUGGGAAAUGGUAUUAUGGUAGAGAGCUUCAUUGUUAUAUUGUGAAGAAUGAACUGGCUUUGAGUUUGGGUUCAGAUGUUCACUUGGGUUGUUGUUUGAUCGAUAUGUAUUCGAGAAAUGAUAAAGCCAAUGUAGGUAGAAUGGUUUUUGACCGGAUGAAGUGUAGGAAUGUUUUCGCCUGGACAGCGAUGUUCAAUGGUUAUGUACAGAGUGGUGCUUCAGAUGAAGCUUUGGUUCUUUUUCGAGAAAUGCAAGUGAGAGAUGGAAUAGAGCCCAAUAGGGUUUCGCUUGUUAGCAUUCUCCCUGCUUGUAGCUCACUUGCUGGUUUAAUGGGUGGGAAACAAAUCCAUGGGUUUGCCAUUAGAAAGGAAUUGAAUCAUGAAAUUACUUUAUGCAAUGCACUGAUUGAUAUGUAUUCCAAGUGUGGGAGCUUGAAAUGUGCAAGACGAGUCUUCAAUGACGAUUCUAUUUGUAAAGAUGCAAUCUCUUGGAGUUCAAUGAUUUCUGGAUACGGAUUACAUGGGGAGGGUCAGGAAGCCAUUGUUCUUUUUGAUAAGAUGCUUCAACUUGGGAUAAAACCAGAUAUGAUUACAAUAGUAGGGGUCCUUUCUGCUUGUGGCAGGUCAGGAUUGGUAAAUGAAGGCCUUAAUAUCUAUAGCUCAGUUGUAAAUGAUUAUGGGAUUAAGCCUACACUAGAGAUAUGUGCAUGUGUGGUAGAUAUGUUGGGUCGAUCAGGCCAGCUUGAUCGUGCAUUGGAAUUCAUCAAGACAAUGCCCUUGCAACCUGGUCCUAGUGUUUGGGGUGCUCUUGUUAGUGCUUCCUUACUUCAUGGGAACUCUGAGAUGCAAGAUUUGGCUUAUAGGUUCCUUAUUCAGAUAGAACCUGAAAACCCCUCAAAUUAUGUUUCAUUAUCAAAUUUAUAUGCCUCUUCCCGGAGGUGGGAUGUUGUGGCCGAGGUGAGAACAAUGAUGAAAGAUAGAGGAUUGAGGAAGUUGCCUGGGUGCAGUUGGAUUAACAUUAAUAGCAAAACCCAUAGCUUCUGUGUUGCUGAUAAAGGACAUCCUUGUUCUGAUAUAAUUUAUAAAAUGCUAGAUGAACUCGUUUUGGCAAUGAAGGGAACGGGUUCUUCUUCUGAUUUUGAAUAUUUGACAUAGUCAUAUGACACCAAUGGGUUAGUGAUCUGUCUUGUACAAUUGUGUGGUGCUGCAACAAACAGAGAGCAAACUGAUGAUAGGAGCUCUUUUCCCAUCUGUCAUUUUGGGAUCUGUCAACUGUGUGGUGAAAUGUAUUUUUGCUCAGGUGAAUAGGUGAAUCAUGAAUGCCUUUUCUUUUCCCUGAAAAUUGGCAAUCUUUUCAGUCUUUCUACCUUCAGCCUUGUUUCUGCGCUUCAUGCUUUUAUAUUUUCCAAUGAGGAUUUGUGUCCCAAACUUUAAAGGGUGGGGAUCAGGUCACAAGAGAAAGGCUGUUAAGAAGAUGUCCAUCACCUGUGAGGACAAGAAGGGUUAGGACAAAGGGUUACUGCUAGAGGUCAAAUUAAUAUUUUGGAUCAAGGCAGCAUCUUGCUCUCGUGAAGCAAUAACAUCCAGUUGAUCCUAGAUGUCCAGCGGACUGUCAUAUGCUGGACUCCAGUUUUACUUUGUCCAAUAUGAACUUUUUACUUUGGCUUAGCAAUCUUUUGUUACAGUUAGUUUAGUGAUUGAAUAAACUGUAGUACUUUUUAACAUAAUGUGUUCGUUAAUUCCUUCUAAUCUGGUUUUGCAACUCCUAUUUAAUGUUGUUCUCACACACUCCGAAAAACAGAGCUACUUGUUUACACAACCAUAUCUAAACUACAUCUAAACAACAUAUGAUACAGUCAUGACUCGCCAUUUAAUUAUAGAACUCCCUCUUUUGGACUGCAUUAGUUUGAUUGCAACAUAUAUUGAACUUUGUCUUUGUUUCAUUGUCCAUUGCCUAUGCACAGAUAGGAAAUGUCUGUUCCAGGGACCCCUAACUUUAAAUCCUUUCCAGAUGCAGGUAACUGGCUACAUACAAAUGGAACGAGAUCACUAGCAGCAACUGGAAAACUUAUGGCUUUCUUCUUCAGGAGGCAUGUGGGAAAGGAAACUUCCCGAAGUGUAGUCCUUUUUUUAUUUCCCGAAAGUUCAAGCAAACGCGCACACACCCACAAUAUUGUCCUUAGCAUGGCUUGAACUCUCAACCUCUCCUUUAGGGGGGAGAGAUCAUAUCAACCAAGCUAAUGCCCAUUGGUAUCACAAGUGUAAUCCUUCGUUGUUAAGAUCAGGUAGGUAAAAUAGUUUGGUUUCUCUGUGUGAGAAGCUUCUAAAACCUAGAUUCUUAAAUUUUUUUUUAGUAAAGCAAAUUGCUUAUCUGUAGUAUACCUAACUUUCCUCUCCUUCUAGAAGUUUACAGGACCAUACAGAUUGUGAAAUCCAAGGCAUACUUGAUUAUUCAAAAUUUUGAAGUAAGAAACAUUUGGAAUACAUUAAAUUAUUAGACUUAUUCACCUCUGCAUCGCAUUGGUUUUCGACUAGUUUGUGGUUUCUAAUUGUGAUGUUAUUUGGUGUUGAAUUUCAUUUUAUAAUACUAUUUUGAAUCAGUAGAAUUAGGAGUCAAAUCUGGAUCUUAUGGUUCUUGCAACUUAUAGGAUUAACUUUAAUAAUUUUUAUUGAAUACCAGAUUUUAAGAGAGUUCAAUUAAAAGAGUCCACUGAAAUUUCUUUGGGUUUGUCAAAAAAAUAAAAAAUAAAAAAAAUUCAAAACUUGAGAAUUAAGAAACUUCACGAACAGUUGCAGAACCUUCCUUUGAUGCAGACAUCAACGGCUGCAAAUUCAUAGUUUAAUUCCUCUUCAUUGCAUGGCCGUCCAGCCUCCAGCAUGAAUUUCACAUGCAGUUGGUGAGAAACAGGAAGGUAUGAGUAUGACAUUCUUUGGUCAUUACCAUAAAGUCAUCAAAAAUUUAGGUCAAAGUGGAAAGUAUUCGAGUUUGAUGGUUGUGAUUACCCAAUUGACUGAUAGAAGAGUAUUGGGACCCAGAUCGUAGAAAGAGCCACUAGAAGAACACAAACAGAUGUCCAAAUGUAGCUGGUGACCGUAGGAGAAAAGCCUAUUCAAUUGAAAUACGCGUUUGGGAACAUCGGCACAAAAAUUCCAACCCACCAGUUUUUGUGGCUCGUAAUGCAUCUCACACUCACACAGUCACACACUACCGUCCUAUAAAAGGCCACCAACGGCUCUCAACUUUACACAACAAAACAUCAUACCUUCACAAACAAAUAUCUCUCUCACACAUACAAACACACAUACACAUACCAUAGUAUAAAAGGACACCAAAG